GGGGGCGGAAAAAAAAAACCAUGAAUAACUUCUCCCCCCCUCCGCUGUUAUAUAGGUAGUUGUGUUUAACCUAACGAUAUAAGAAUUCCCUCUGUGUGAAGUGUGUGUGUGUUGAGAAAGGACCGUGUAUUAUGGUACUAUGGCUGAGUCGAGCAGCUCGAGCUUUGCUCACUCGGUUCCGAACGGCUCCAGUCGACACGAGAAGAGUUUGGGGCUCCUCGCUAUCAAAUUCGUUACGUUGCUUCAAGAAACCAAAGACGGCAUCCUGGAUUUAAAAGUGGCUGCAGAGUGCCUGGCCGUCAGACAGAAAAGAAGGAUCUACGACAUCACAAAUGUCCUGGAAGGAAUCGGGCUCAUCGAGAAAAAGACUAAAAACACCAUCCAAUGGAAGGGUGAGAGCUCAGGCUGCCAGCCUCCGGAGAUUCUAGAGCAGGUGGAACAUCUGAAAGCUCAGAUAACUGAGCUGGAGAGGCAAGAAAGGGAACUGGAUAUGCAGAAAUCAUGCCUCCAGCAAAGCAUCAAACACCUACAAGAAGACCCCAACAGCAUCAGAUAUAAUUAUGUGACUCAUGAGGACAUUUGUGACGUGUUCAGCGGUGACACGCUCCUGGCUGUAAUGGCACCCGCAGGGACACAGCUGGAAGUCCCUGUGCCAGAAGUGUCUCAGAAUGGCCAGAAGAGAUACCAGGUGAAUUUGCGAAGCCACUCGACUCCCAUCCAGGUGCUGCUGAUCAACCGAGAGACUUGUGGCUCCAGACCUGUUGUCUUCUCCGUGCCGCCUCCAGAUGACAUUUGUGCCAUGCCCACUCCCCCCAGCACACCUGCCAGCCUGCAAAAGUACCCCAUCACGUCCGAGUCCUGUAGUUUGGAGCACAGCCACCUCAAGAGCCCACUGCCUGAGCACCAGCUCACCCCCUUGUCUACUCCACCUGAUGUUCAUAUGGAGUGCCACUCUGAGUCCCCUGGCGGUCAGUGCCUGUUGAUGCCCGAGCCCCUUGUUGAAGCUGAGACUUCAGCGCAGCCGCAUGGAGACCUGGUGGGACAGGAUAUGCAGUCCAUGCUGGAUGUAGGAAAUCUCCUCCGACUCAACACUGUGGACCAGAUGAAGGAGGAGAGAGAGGGUGUUGCUGAUCUCAUUGAUGAGCUCAUGUCUUCUGACGUCUUCCCCCUGUUGCGCCUCUCGCCCAACCACGGUGUGGAUUACAAUUUCAACCUGGAUGACAACGAGGGAGUGUGUGACCUGUUUGAUGUGCAGAUUCUCAAUUAUUAAGAAAAGAUGAAUUCUUCCCUGGACUUUUGGCACAGUUGUCUUCCUCUCCAUGGUAACACUCCAGAAUAUUGGCACUAAUAAACGCCAACAAACACAUUCGAAACCUUCACUCGGUCCUAUCCACUCCACAAAGUGUACUUUGGCCUGAGAUCGAAUUAAUAACCCCCCCCCAACCCUAGUUUUCCUUAUAUUAAACACUACAUUAUGAAUCUUGAUCCCACUAUAAGCCACUAACGAGUGAUGUAAAUAAUCAGUCUACACUGACAGUCUACUGUUUAAUAUAUGUUAAAGUGAGGUUGCAACACUUUUGUUUUCAUUUUUGUCCUCAGACUUUUCAUUUGUUUUGUUUUGCUGCAUAGUUACUAGAGCAUGUGCCUUAAGAUCCCCUUUGAGAUGUGGAACGGUGGGGCCACUUGUCUCCUUCUGUUGUUUGUGGUUAGUGUUUGUAAGAGUAAUUACACUGCUGCCUUA